UUGAUCUUUCGCAUGGUUCUGUUUGUAGUCUGUAUAGAAUCCGUGAUUAAGCCCUGAACUUAAACAAAAAAAUAAAUAGCAAUAGUAUUUGUUGUUAUUUAAAGUGUGUUUUGAAAAUCAAAAUAGAAAAAAGUAAAACAUUAAAAAUUCCAUGUAAACAAAUAAAACAAGCUUUUUGUUAAUGUUUAAAGCUCUUAUCGGUUUAAAGUGCGCCGCAAUUAUUGAAUAAUUUUUUUUAAAAUUUCUGUAAAUUUUAUCCUCUGUUUAAUUUGUUUUGAGUUUUGAUUAUGUCUUUUGUGUUUGUACUGGAAAUCAAGUGAAUUUGCCGGAAGAAAUCAAAACUUCAGAGACUCCAUUUUGAAACAACCUUUCUCCAAUCCCCAUCAGGUUUUCUAUAGCUAUUUUUAGCACUUGUGAAUUGUGAAUAUUUGGCAUAAUCAGUUUAAGAACAACUUCGCGCUCAGGCUCAGACGUUAUGAAAGCUUAUCAUUAAUCUAUAUGCAAGUGCAAUUUUUAUAUGUAUGUAUGAAAUAAAUGCAUUGCGUUUCCGUCAAAGUUCAUUAUUUAAAAUUGAAAUGAUUUAACAAAGAAAAAAUAAUAAUGCAACCAUAAAGUGCGCGUAGGUGUGUUUGUUUUUUUUAAAUACAAUUCUGAUGUUCAACUCCGAUAUGAAUUUGUGUCAAAAUUUGUUUAAUUAUUGAAAAUGAAUUUGAAAGAUGACAAAAUUGAUAUUCAAUCAGAUGACAGUGCCGCAUCAGCAGAUUCGGGAGUGAUUUUAAAUGACAGAUUAAUGUCAUCUGACACAAAACGUUGCAAUAUCGAUAUAAGCACUAGUAUUGAAUGUGAUAACAAUUAUUCAUCGAAAAAUAAUAAUGCAACUAUAAAUAUAGAAAACAUAAUUAAUUUAGCUAAAAAUGUCAGUCCGACCGCGACCGCGACAACGAUCAAUAAGGGAUCGUCGAAAAAAACCACGCCUUCAAAUGGGUCGACUUCAUCGACGUCGUCGGCGGCAUCUUCCCUCCGUAGUACACGCAUAUCGAUAACAUCGAUACAUUCAGAUGCAUCUUCCAGCGUCAUCGAUUCAGAUUGUGAUGUGGAUUAUAAUGGCGGCGGUGGUGAGGACUCCAAUGGAAACUAUACCAUCACAAAGCUCGGGCAUCAGACUUCCUGUCUGCCGGGAAAUGUUGGAUGUAUUCCUAAUAUUGGGGGCAAUGACGGAUUGGUAUUAUUAGAACAGCGUGUUGAUGUAGAACAUGAUAUAAAUGUUUUAGCAAUGGCGUCGGCAUCGACGUCAUUAGGCUGUGGCAAUCCUCAAUUGGCUUUUACAAAUUCCUCAGAUAUUACAAUUGGCCAGAAGAACUAUUAUCAAGGCCCCGUGACGAUACAACAAUUUCUAAUCGAAAGUCGUAAUCGGGAAGCUGAUUGUCUUCAGGGCAAUGAUAAUCCUAGUUUUCAAAAUGAUAGUCCAAAUGCAUCGAGAAAACCAUCAAGUGAUCAAAAAGAUUUCAAGGAGAAAAACUCAACACAAAACCACCAGCCAUAUAAAUUUAUUUUCAAUCGAAGAGCAGUUGUUAUUACGGCUAUUAUCAUAACUCUAACAAUUGUAAUUGGAGGCAUUUUUGCAACAACAAGUUUUUUGAUGAAACGUUCAAGUAAGCAUCAAGAAAUCGAGGAUGACGAAGAAAAUAGAAAACAUAUUCCAGUAAAUAAUACAAUAGGAAAGGACAAUUUUGGCGGAGGAUCAAUUUUGCGGUUAGUAACAAGAGACGAAUGGCUUGCCAGACCCGAAUCAGAAUCAUUAACAUUGCUUAAUUUGCCAGUUCAUCGGGUUAUAAUAGCUCACACAGCAACAGGACUUUGUACGAGCCAGGCUUCAUGUGCUCUUCAAACUCAAAAUAUUCAAAACUUUCACAUGGACUCAAGAAAUUAUGGUGAUAUAGGCUAUAAUUUUCUAGUUGGUGGCGAUGGAGCUGUUUAUGAGGGUCGAGGUUGGGAUAAACAAGGCGCACAUACGUUAGGCUUUAAUGUUGAUAGCAUUUGUAUAGCUUUCAUUGGGACUUUUGUAAAACUGACUCCUACUGAAGGUCAACUUAAUGCAGCCAAGCUGAUUAUAGCCGAAGGUGUAAGACUGAAGAAGCUUGUAGACGAUUAUCGUUUGUAUGGUGCUAGACAAUUUGUGGGGACAGAAAGCCCAGGGAAUGCUCUAUUUGAAAUCAUCAAAAAAUGGCCACAUUGGUCAGGAAAACGAUAUAAUCAAAUAAAUAUUGUGCUUUUUUUCUGUGUUUUUCUAAUAAAAUAUGUUCACAGAAUUAUCAAUAUGGCUACGAAUGUUGAUAUUAUAAUUGAAAACCAAACCGAUAUCAAAGGACCAAUGACAAUAAGCCUACAUUUGGUAGAAGAUCAAACACCUAUAAAAGUAAUUCUAGAUGGCAAAACUUCAUCUCAAUCUGAAGACAAUUCAUACAAAUUCAAGUGCCUUGGCAAGAUGAUUGUUAUAACAGUUUUAGUCAUAAUCUUUAUAAUUCUGAUCGGGGGAAUUUUCGCCACUUCAAAUAACUUGACUAAUGAAGAAAAGAUAAUUAAAAAAAGUGUAGAAACACAAAACUUCCUCCGAAUUGUGUCCCGAGAAGAGUGGCUUGCUAGACCUCCAGCGGAAGAACCAGACCACCUUGUACUUCCAGUCUAUCGUCUUAUAAUUGCGCAUACUGCAACUUCUAAUUGCUUCAGCCAGGUUUCUUGCACUUCUCGAGUACAAACCAUCCAAAAUUUCCAUAUGGACUCAAGAAAUCUCAAUGACAUUAUGUUCAAUUUUCUUAUUGGCGGUGAUGGAAUUGUUUAUGAAGGACGUGGUUGGAAUGCUCAAGGUGCUCAUACGAAAGGUUUUAAUGAAGAUAGCUUAUGUGUGGCUUUCAUUGGAACAUUUUCAUCAAUAAAUCCAUCAGAAAAACAACUUAAAUCAGGUCAAAAGAUCAUUGAUGAGGGAGUGAGACUAAAUAAACUCGCGAAGGACUACAGAUUGUAUGGACAAAGACAACUUGCAGCAACUGAAAGUCCAGGAAAAGCUUUGUAUGGAAUCAUUCAACAAUGGCCGAAUUGGUCCAAUGUCACUAAUUAAUAGUUUUUAGUUAUUUUUUUAUGAUAAAAAAUAUACCCUGAACCUGAUUUUAUAAAAUAA